AUGGCAGAACAGGAGAACCACUAUGGCUUUGACGAGGGCGGAGACGACGACCAGUCCAUUGUGUCGACGCGCGGGCUUGAGGCUUUCAGUCGCAAGGUCACAACCACAGCGACGCAUCUGAUCGGCCCCAAUGCCGAAGCUACGGCUCUCCACUAUCAAGCCGCAAUGGCCGAGGUUCAGAAGCAGAUGAAGCGCCCGACGGUCCAGCGAAGCAUGUUCGCAAUGGCAAGGACGACGCCCACCGACAUAAUGCGCUCCAGGCUUUCGACCCACGAGAUCCAGCACCGCGCCCUCACCUAUCUCCCCGACGAGCUUCUUGCCAACAUCCCCGACCAUGAAAACCCUUACUCGCUGUUCCAGGGCUUCCAGGCUAGCUUCCCCGAGCUGACCGAGGAGGGCAAGAAGUUUCGCCGUCGGGUCUCGCGAGGCCGCAAGAUGAUUGAGGAUUCAGACGGUGUGCCGGGAAGCCCCAAGCGGUUGACCCAGCUGAAAAAGGAGAAGGCCGCCAUGAUGCACGAGUUUGGUUUAUUGGGCACCCGCAAAAGCAUGGCGAGCUACGAGAUUCGGGAAAUCGAUAACAAGAUUGCCAACCUCCACGGCAUGCGCAGAAUUAUCCUAGAGAGACUGGCUGGGUUGGAGCAAGACGAGGCAAUGCUGGAACACGACAUUUCCGAGAUGGAGGUGCGGGUAGAGGAAGCCCAAGCUCUGGUUGAUGAGGCAGAGGAAAUUGCGAGGAACACGCGAACCAAGGAUGAGCAGGAUCUUGUUGGCGACGCCGAUGAUCAUGACCACGAGUUCAUGUCACAAUCCGUCUACGAAAAGAUUCCAUCUUCAACAGGAAGCACUCCCCGGAAAGCGAAAAAGGUCCUCCGCAAAAAGUCAAUGCCGAUUCUUCACGAGCACUUUGAGCCUGGAACCAGCAUCCGGGAAGUCAGAGCACACAAGGACACUAUCACGGCGGUCGAUUUCGAUGCGCCCUUUGGCACAAUGGUAACGGCUGCACUAGACGACACGGUAAGGGUUUGGGAUCUCAACGCUGGCCGGUGUAUGGGUUACUUGGAAGGCCACACAGCAUCGGUACGCGCUCUGCAGGUUGAGGAUAAUAUCUUGGCUACGGGAUCUAUGGACGCAACUAUCAGACUCUGGGAUCUCAGCAAGGCCCACUAUGACCCUCAUGGAGGACUCGGAAAGGACGACGAGGAGGAUGCUAUCGCGUUCGGUACGGACAACCACCUGGAGCCUCCGGACGGCAGCAUGUCCGACUGUCCGCUGUACACGCUAGAAGCUCACGUCGACGAGAUUACGGCUCUUCACUUCCGGGGGGAUGUCAUGGUUUCCGGUUCUGCAGACAAGACAAUCCGGCACUGGGACCUUGAAAAGGGUCGCUGCGUGCAAACAUUGGAUGUCAUGUGGGCAGCAGCAGCAAGCAUGACUUCUACAGAUAACACAUGGAGGCCUACUGGACGAUCUCAGUCAAGCUCCGCCGACUUUGUCGGGGCUCUGCAGGUCUUUGAAACGGCUCUCGCGUGUGGUACCGCCGACGGCAUGGUGCGUCUGUGGGAUCUCCGAAGUGGACAGGUCCAUCGCAGUCUGGUUGGCCACACGGGAGCGGUGACGUGCCUGCAGUUUGACGACGUGCACCUGGUGACGGGAAGCAUAGACAGAAGCAUCAGAAUUUGGGACCUCCGAACAGGAUCUAUCUACGACGCAUACGCAUACGACCACCCGGUGACAAGCAUGAUGUUUGACACACGGCGCAUCGUCAGCGCGGCGUCCGAGGACGUGGUAAAGGUGUACGAUAAGGUGGAGGGACGGCAAUGGGACUGCGGCGCUGGCGUCACGGCGGCCGAGGACGGCAAGUCUCCAGCUAUCGUGGAGCGUCAUGGUCUUGAGGAGUCGACAAGGAGCACGUCAACACCCCAGGAUGGAGAUGAUGACUCCAAGGACCUCUCAAGUGACAAGGCUAGUCGCAUUGAGGAUGGUUCAAAUACCUCAGAUCCAACGGCGGAGGCCAUGAUGCGGCUUCUCGCGCGACAAGCCCAUGUGCUCCUCAAGAUUCAUGAGAACUUAGCCUCCAACAACGACGCCCACGAGGUCGACGAGAGCCUACUGCGGAGAAGAAUAUCAGACCUAAUAUCCAUCUCAUCAUCCAAAUUCUACGCUUAUCGCUUUGAUCUAUUACCUGCCGUGUGGCGCGAGAUCUACACAGACGCCCUCAUACUCGACACCUUUCGACUGAUACUACGUCCUCUCCUGGCAUCACAGUCUGUUCCAGGAGAUGUUCUAGACGUGAUCGUCGAGAAACUCGAUAGGGCUCUCGUCACAGCAGGAGGUGGGCGACGCAGUCAGUGGCUCGAAAAGACUCUCCAGUUGCUCGAGGAGACUUGGGCAGCGAGCAAGCAGCAUGAGCGACCAGCAAAGCGCCAGAGGCGAGAGGCCUCACCACAGCGUAGCUUCUCCAGCGAGGAGCUAUAUGGAAGGCCAGAACUAUCACCCGAAAAAGCGUGUCCUCGCUACUCUGGCUGGACGAUGGAGCAGUUUGAGGACUACAUGAACAGCAACGGAGGAGAGCCUCGGCCGAUCGUCUUUACCGACCUGAUUGGGAGCUGGCCGGCCCUUACGGAUCGUCCCUGGAAGAGCCCCGAGUAUCUCCUAUCCAAGACGUUUGGCGGAAGACGUCUCGUGCCGGUUGAAGUCGGGAGGAGCUACGUCGACGAAGGCUGGGGACAGGAACUCAUCCAGUUCCGCGAGUUCCUCGCCCGCUACGUCGAGGUAGAUUCUACAGCAUCUGCAGCGACUGGCUACCUCGCUCAGCAUAAUCUCUUCCAGCAGAUCCCCUCUCUCCGCAAUGACAUCCGUGUGCCUGACUUUUGCUGGGUUGAUGUGCCGCUUCACCCGACGACACCGUCCAUCGACCAGGCGCCCCUCGACGUUCCUCAGCUCAACGCCUGGUUCGGUCCUGCGCGUACUAUCACGCCUCUGCACACUGAUGGGUAUCAUAACCUGUUAUGUCAGGCUGUCGGUACAAAGUACCUACGUCUCUAUCCUCCGCGUGCUACGCCUAUGAUGCGGCCCAGGUCACCAGAGCAUGGUGUAAACAUGAGCAACACGAGCGGGUUGGAUGUUGGUGUUCUGGAAGGAUGGGAUGAAAGACCCGAGGGGGUUAGUGGGGAAGACGUAAGGCGGAUGAAAGAGGAGUUGGGGGGUGUUGAGUACUGGGAGUGUGUGCUUGAGCCGGGAGACACGUUGGUGAUUCCCAUCGGAUGGUGGCAUUAUGUGAGGAGUUUGAGCGUGAGCUUCAGCGUGAGUUUCUGGUGGAACUAG